CCACCUCAGGAAGGUUCUAGGGAAGAACCCCACCCCCACUCCAACCAGGUCACAAUGGCUGGAGCUCUGAAGGGCCCAGGCCCUCUGAGCCAGGAGAGGAGAGGAGAAAGUCCAAGGAAAGAUGGCUGGCAGUCACCCCUACUUCAACCUGCCCGACUUUACCCAGCCAUCACCGCCCUCCACUCCGCCCAGUCUCCCCUCGCACCAGCGCUGCCGGCCCUCCGAUGCCACCAAGGGUCUGCUCGUGGCCCUGCUGGGUGGGGGCCUGCCCGCUGGCUUCGUGGGCCCCUUCUCCCGUAUGGCUUACCAGGCUUCCCACUUACCCUCGCUGGAGCUACUCAUCUGUCGAUGCCUCUUCCACCUUCCCAUUGGCCUGCUACUUAGACUACGCGGUGACCCACUGUUGGGACCUCCUGAUGUUCGGGGCCGGGCCUGCCUCCACGCCCUGCUCAACGUUCUCAGCAUUGGAUGUGCCUAUAGUGCCGUUCAGGUGGUGCCCGCUGGCAACGCUGCCACCGUCCGAAAAGGUUCUUCUACCGUCUGCUCUGCUCUCCUGGCCCUCUGCCUAGAGAGCCAGGGUCUCAGUGGCUACGACUGGUGUGGCCUAUUGGGCAGCACCCUGGGACUAAUCAUCAUUGUGGGACCUGGACUAGGGACAUUACAGGAGGGGACCACGGGCCUCUAUACUGCCCUGGGCUAUGUACUAGCUUUCCUGGGAGGUCUGGCAUUGUCACUGGGGCUUCUGGUGUAUCGUUCCCUGGACUUCCCCUCCUGCCUACCAACAGUCGCCUUCCUAUUUGGCUUGGUGGGGCUGGUGGGCUCCGUGCCGGGGCUCUUUGUGUUGCAGACCCCAGUGCUGCCCUACGAUCCUCUGAGUUGGAGCUGUGUGGGGGCAGUGGGGAUACUUGCUCUGGUCUCCUUUGUGUGUGUAAGCUAUGCAGUCACCAAGGCCCACCCUGCCCUGGUGUGUGCCGUCCUGCACUCUGAGGUUGUGGUGGCCCUGAUGCUGCAGUAUUAUGUGCUCUAUGAAACUGUCGCACCUUCAGACAUCAUGGGGGCAGGGGUUGUGUUGGGCAGCAUUGCCAUCAUCACCGCCCAGAACCUCAGCUGUGAGAGGGAAGGGCAGGUGGAGGAGUGAGAUCAAACUUGAAAGUCUGGGGGUUGGGGGGGGCAGGGGUAAAUAGAAGGCAAGACUGGAAUACAAACAUGGGAGAACAAGAGACCCGAAAAGAACUGGUAUGGGCGAGGGACACCCCUUGGAGUCAAGGGUGACUUGGGGACUUAGUGGAGAGGAAGACCUGGAACAAGAGAUGUGGAGUCUAGGCUUGGACUUGGGGAUCAGGGCAAAGUAAGGGAUGAGGUCUGAGAAGCAGAUCAGAAGGGCUGAGGCAGGCAGAAUGGGGAGGAUUUUCCCCUUAGCUGCAGAGAGAAGAGCUUUGGGGCUUUUAGGCAAAUAGAGCAAGCAGCUGCACUGGGGGAAGGGCAUGUGUCUUUUUUUUCCCCAGCGAUGAUUUCCCUUCCUCGUGGUUGUGCCCCCCCUUCUUUGGGGUGGUGACGUGACAUUGACAUCAAACAAGGAUCACUCUGAAUGUGGCCGUGCAGUUGGUGUCAUCUCUGCUUUGGAAGGAGAGUGGAAGUCCUACAUGGCUCUUAUUGGAGAAUCCCUUGGGAUCCCCGCCCCCACCCCCAUCUUAUUUCUGAACUAUUAUUGAAGGGGGAGGAUUUCCUAAUGUUCAGAUGCCUUGACCAUGAAUCCCCCAGGACCUCUGUGUCCCGCCCCAUGGCUAAUAUGCUUUUCCCGGAUUGUCGAGGUCCCGUGAUCUCUCCCGGACAGUAGCCAGCCUCCUCCGGAGCAGGCCUCCGACCUGAGACCUCUUCGAACGGCUCAGGCCGCGUAUCCAGGACCAGAGCUCCGUACAACCCUCCAUUAGAGGACAGGAGAUGUCCACCAGUCCCUAGAGGCCGCUGGAUAAAUAUCAGCCACAUCCGGACAAGCAAUUGGCCUCGCCAUUUUGAUCUAUUCAUGCAUAUUCAGCGUGACUACUGCAUAUUCAUGACCAAGGACGGCGCACCACCCCCCCUCCAGCAUUCCCCCUCCCGGAACCCACUUGGGAGGCCCCACCAGGCCCCGCCUCCGAUUCGCAGAGCAAACCAUUUUCCAGCGGGGGGGAUAUUACUGAGAUUUUUUUUUCCUUGAGAUGAAACCACAGUCCAAACUGGAAUAAAACGAUCUAUAUUUACCCUCUACCCUUUAAA